GGGCUGCUGAAAGCCCCAUGAUGUACUCUGCAAGCUUCACAGAGCUAUGAGAAGGGGAAGUACGAACAGCAGACGAGCUCGACAAGCACACGCCUGAAAACAGAGACGAUAGCAGAUAUCAUUUUCUCCAAAUAGGUCUGAUCAGAGGAGUUGCAAGAUGGCUCACAGCUGCCUCAAGUGUUUAAAGUACACCAUGUGUGUCGCCAACUUGCUUUGCUUUAUCUGCGGUGUGUCCAUUCUGGUCUUCGGCGUCUUCUUGAUGGUGGGUUCAAAUUAUGCUGCUCUCACCCCCUCACUGGCCAGCUUCAACAUAGCCAACAUCCUGCUGAUCACCGGCAUCAUCAUCACCUGCGUGUCUUUCCUGGGAUUUCUCGGUGCACUCAAGGAGAACCGCUGUCUCCUCCUAUCGUUUUUCCUGAUGCUCUUCAUCAUGAUGCUCUUGGAACUGACGGCAGCAUGUCUGCUACUUGUAUACGAGGGAGAAAUUACUGAAAGCGUGAAGACUGAUCUGACAAAGGGCUUGAAUGAUGCAAAAGGAAAUUCAACACAUUCAAAACAAAGUGACUGGGAUUAUAUUCAAAAAAACCUUGACUGCUGUGGAAUCAAUAAUGCAUCAGAUUGGGGGGAACACGUGCCGGAAUCCUGCUGUAUUCCUGAGGAAUUCUCUUGUAACAAUCGUGAAUACAGGCAAACGGGUUGUUUGUCAAAGGUGACAAAUUUUUUUGAGAAGAAUUUCCUAACCAUUGGGGUCUCUGUCAUUGUCCUCUGUAUGAUUGAGGUUUUGGGAAUGUGCUUUGCCAUGACACUGUUCUGCCACAUUAGCAGAACUGGACUGGGCUACAAGUUCUGAAUAUGAUACCUUCAAACAUGAUCUUCACAUUUUACAGU